AUUGCAGGGAAAUUAUAUUCUUGCUUUCUGUAGAGUCUAGUUUCUCUCCUUGUGUUGGAGUUUUCCAUCUAUUAUCCUUUGUAGGGCUGGAUUUGUAAAAAGGUAUUGCAUAAAUUUGAUUUUGUCAUGGAAUAUCUUGGUUUCUCCAUCUAUGUUAAUGGAAAAUUUUGCUGGAUACAAUAACCUGGGUUGGCAUUUGUGUUUUCUUAGGGUCUGUAUGACAUCUCUCCAGGACCUUCUGGCUUUCUUAGUCUAUGGUGAGAAGUCUGGUGUAAUUGUUAUAGGUCUGCCUUUAUAUGUCACUUGAUCUUGUUUCCUUACUGCUUUUAACAUUCUUUCUUUGUUUUGUGCAUUUGGAGGGCAUUGGAUCCCAUUACAGAUGGUUGUGAGACACCAGGUGGUUGCUGGGAAUUGAACUCAGGACCUCUGGAAGAGCAGUCAGUGCUCUUAACCGCUGAGCCAUCUCUCCAGCCCUACAAAUUCUUUUCUUAUUUCUAUACUUAGGGUCUGGCAUAUGUAUGUCAGACACCAGCAGUAUAGACAAUGUUAAACCAAAUAAGGAUCAAUGAUGUCAUUUGACGCUAAAAGCAUCCUUGGGUUUUAUCUCUAAAACUCGCAUAGUUGAAGUAGAUAAUAGACAUCUGUGAGGUGUUUUCUCACUGCUACCUACACCCAUGGCAUAGGUGUAUAUCCACAAACACAGUUGAAACAUUUUUCCAUGGAGGAAUUACAAAGCAAAGAACCCAGUUUUUGAGAAUACAUGAAAUGAUUUGCCAGUUUAAAUUAUUGGUAUAAAAUAUCAGUACGUAUUACCGAACAUCAAAACUAUGAAGUUUUCUUUUUAAAUCUUAGUUUAUCAUUCAUUCUUUGAUUCAAAUGUAAGUCAUCAGAAAACCUCAGUGUGUCUUCGAGGUACAUACCUGUAACCCCAGGACAUGGGGAUGUUGGCAGUCCAGUCUCUGCGCUUUAGACCAUGUUGUGUACAUAGAGAGUUCUUGGACAGCCAUCCUAUAUAGUGACAUCUGUCUCCAGAUGAAAGAGCAAACCUCCUUUUACUAAAAUUCCGUUAAACAAUGUGCCUGGCUUCUGGACUCAUUUGGCAGCUUUGGGAGCCCACAGCAAUGCCUGGGAGGUAAACCUCUGAUAUAAUUUAUGCUUCCUGUAAUGAGAGAAAAGGAACAUGUAUGUAUGAAGAUUUGUUUGCUGAAUGGGAUUGUAUUCUGAUUCCUUGAUGCCUUCAAAACUUUCAGUUAUGAACUCUGAGUGGUGGUGACUCUCGGUGACAUCAAGGCUGUCCUCAGGGGACGAUGGACCUCAAACAGAAGUCACUCUCAUAAAUCUGUGGAAGUCAAGCCUUUAGAAAGAACCAUGGAGUAUGGAUGAAAUAUUGGGGGUGGGGCUUUGGAUGUAAAAGCCAGAGGAAGAAAAGGCCCUCCCGAUUCUUCCUGUCUGAUUCUUCACCUCUCUUUUUUCUUGGCAUGUACACAGAGAUGUCAGUGAUAGCACCCUGCAUACCCAGCAUGGCAGUCUCCAAUUACACCAUAAAGUCUUUCAGUCCCACAAGGUCAUACCUAUAACCUGCCCUCCUGGUAGGAAGUAGAUAUUCUAAAGAUUCAUUCAUAUCUCUCCCUUUGGUUAUGCUGUAGUGUAACAGUGGACCCCACGAGCUUUGAAUUUCCCUUGGAGUCUCUGGAAAUUGACUGAUUCCUCUAGGCAUGAACUUCUCCGCAUAUCUUCCCAUUUACUGAAUACUUCUCAGAGGCAAGAAGAGCUAGAACUGUGUUAAGGACUUAGGAAUAGGAGAAAAUUCCCUGUUCCAAAUGAUUCACACGGAGUAAAUAUGUUAAUCUUUUUCAUCUGUUAUAAAUAAUUUCCUUUUUUUCCUUUUCCUCCAUUUUUAGUGUUUUCUUUUAUUUUUUUAAAGAUGUAUUUAUUAAUUAUAUAUGUCACUGUCUUCAAACACACCAGAAGAAGGCAUCAGAUCUCAUUAUAGAUGGUUGUGAGCCACCAUGUGGUUGCUGGGAUUUGAACUCAGGACCCCUGGAAGAGCAGCCGGUGCUCUCAACCGCUGAGCCAUCUCUCCAGCCCUAGUGUUUUAUUUUAAAGAGUAUUUUCACUCUAGUCUCUGGCUGGCCUGGAACUCCUACCUGUUGUAUAAUCUCAAAGAAUUUUGCCUACCUUGCCUGAGAAUACCAGCAUUAGAGGUGAACAUGUCAGAGCUUGAUGAGUCAGUUCUUUUAAUUGGCUUAAUGGGGAUGAGUGGCUGAGUCUAUCUGGUUAGGGUAGGAAAGACACAGACUGUGGUCCUAACUCUAGCAAUAGAUGUCUACCAUGAAAUGCACCCCUCUUCCCUUCAGCUUCACUGUCUUUCUUUCUUUCUUUUUUUUCUUUAAAGAUUUAUUCAUUUCAUGUAUGUGAGUACACUCUAGCUGUCUUCAGACACACCAGAGGAGGGCAUCAGAUCCCAUUACAGAUGGUAGUGAGCCACCAUGUGGUUGCUGGGAAUUGAACUUAGGACCUCUGGAAGAGCAGUCAGUGCUCUUAACCACUGAGCCAUCUCUCUGGCCCCUCCACUGUCUUUCUAAUUAGGAGCAAUAUUGUUUUCCUUUAUCAUGUCUGUUAUAAGUCACCAAAGGACUAGGGCAGAGUUCUGUCCUUUUCUGCAGAUGGUGAAACCCAGACACAGAAUUUUCUGUCAUUACUGCAUAGAUACUUAAGUUUGGGAGCCCAAACUUAAAAGAGACUUAUGGAUGACAGCACACGUGGAAGUCAAAACCUGUCCUAGGCUGCCUCUUCUUUAGGCAUCAGCCAGAGGGGAAUGAGUGAUCUCUCCCUGGGAAAGGAUGUUAAUUCUACACCAGCUGUACAUCCAGCCUUUUAGAACAUUGUUUCUGAGACAAGCGUUCCCAUGGCGAGUCACAGAGCCCUCAUUCCACUAUGUUAUUUCCCACGUCAGUAACAUUGCUGUCCUACUGAUAACACCAGCUGAAUCUUAAGUUAACAUCUGUACCAUCACUGUGUUUUAAAAGUUCACAUUUGAGUCAUAUAAUCAACUGUUUAUUGCAUCCAGAGGGAAAGGAUUUGCAUGAGGGGCAUAGCCUCUGCAUUCAGACCAGAAUAGGAGGAAGUUUAUUGGGUACACUACUGGGGCGGUGGGCACAAUCAGCUACUGGAGUAGCCAUUUAAAAAAAGGACCUGAUCAUGGCAGGGUGGUGAUUUAGUAAUUUUACAGAAUGUAUUAAUUCCUGUUGGGUGAAUGAAAACAGACUAGAUCCGUGGGUGUAGGAUUUGUGAUGUCAGUGAAGCCCAUGAGUAUUCAAAUUGCUCUUAGGUUACUGUCCUGGGGAGAUAUGUGCAGUCAGCAUUGACAUAGAGAAGUCAACUCAGAAAUGUGAAACACAGGCCUUCAUUGCCCGUAGUUGUUUGUGCCAAGUUCCAGGUCCCAGCAGCCAACACUCCAGAUAGAGACAAGGUCAAACGGUAUUUGAUAAAUGCUUUUCCAGGAAAAGGGCCGCUCUUUUUCUAAGUCAGAAUGCCUAUGUGUUUUUCAAUUCUAUUUAUGUUUGUGAAAAGUCCUCCACUGGUUCCCUUUAAUGCAGCACUGCUCUGAACUCUUACUUGUUUGCAUUCUGUGAUGUGUCCCAGGCACAAGAAUUUCUUUCCCCUUUUUACAAGUUCUGCUUAGGACAAGGUCUGCUGAAGCCCAGGCUGAGUCAUGCUACGUAAUAGAGAAUUGCUUUGAAGCUUUAGUCCUGUCUCUAAGGUCACAUGAUGGGAGGACAGUCCUGCAUCUCUUCCAGGCUUGGCUCUGAAGGUGAAAAUUUUCCUGUAUUGGCAGUACUUGACAUUAGCAAUGAGUAGUGACGUCAUCCAUUUCCCUUGGUCGAUAAUCACCCUGACUGACCAUUACUCUGGUCCACAGACCAGGCAAUGAAGAAUCUGGAAAGUGUAUUGCCAGGGCGUUAAGUUUGGAAUCGAUGUGUGGGGGUGGGAGCAUCCUCAUAGAAGCAAGGGUAGGGGGCAGGGGUAUAGGAGAGGGGGAAAAGGAGAUAACAUUUGAAAUGUAAAUACAUAAAAUAUCUAAGAAAAUAAAUAAAGUAGAAACAAAUGUAAAGAAAGAAGAAUAUGGACAAAGACCUGAACUUACUGUGAACUGUUGUUGACACUAAUGCAGCUAGUUCAAAUUACUCUAGUUACACGAGUUCAGUUCCCUAAAACCAAACAGAUGGGCACUCUGAGGGAUUGUUAUUAUUUGCAAUAUUCAAGAUGGGAAAUCUCUUCUUUAAUCUGGAGGUAUUGAUUGACAAGAAAAAAUUAGUCUAGGCCAUAGCUUGUGGUGGGCGCUUCCAUGUAUAAAGGAUAUUGAGGUUGGUAGUUCUUUCUCUUCUUCCCCUACACUGGCUAGAAAGAUCAUUUUAUUUUUCUGGCAUUAGCAUCUCCUUCUCUUUAAUUCUGGCAUAUGGUAAAGACGAGCUGAGACACACAGCUACUGCUGUAUUCUUCAAAUUUCUUCCAAUACAGUUUUUGUUUUACUAGUUGGACCACAUUCUGCGAGCCAUUCUUAUAUAUCCACUCCAUGCACACAUAGACAGAUCCACUGUAUUAGUUCUGUUUAUCUGGAAAACCUUUACUAACACAGAUAUGAUGUUUCACCUUCCCACUGAGGAAGAUGUGCUUCUAACAUUAGUGCUCCGUAGCGGUCGGCAUCCAUUCCCUGCUUUUAUCCCAGGGUUGUUUGCAGUCUCACAUGUAGCAGUUGAAUAUUAGCUGCAAUUUUCCUGAUGUCAGCGUCCAAUGAGAGAAACAAAUAUCACACUUUGUGUCCUAAAGUCUCUCUUUAAUUGUUACUAUCCUUGGAACCUAUACUUCACUCUGCUCCAAGCUGAAUACUGUACCUUGCAAGUUAUCCCUCUUGAUUGAGGAGCAGCAACAGCAGCAAGAGCAGGAAGAAGAAACUCCUGCUGAGUGCUGGAAGUCAAAAAGGUAGGUUAUUGGAAGACACGCUAAAGAGAUACUGAAAUAAAAAUCUUGCAGCUCUGAGAAGGGUAAGCUCCUGGACUAGAAUCCUGGGCCAGGAAACGCUAUGCUGUGUGCUUUCAGCGCACUCUAAUCCUACGGGAUGGGUUCACGUCACUCAAGAUUCACUGGCCAAUCAGGGCCUCCAUGCAGGGCGUCCACUAGUAGAAGAGGGUUGUACUUCCUGGUGCCCUGUUUCCAGCAGCGGAUUUACCGGAGUUGCUUGGCGGUCUUGAAUGAUUGGCCUGAUGUGUUUUGAUGUCGGCUGCCGGGUGUCUUAUGGACGUGCUGGCAAUCUACUAAGUCGGGACAUGAAGACAGUGACUUAUGAGGAUGUGCAUGUGAACUUCACGCGGGAAGAGUGGGCUUUGCUGGAUCCCUUCCAGAAGAAGCUCUACAAAGAUGUCAUGCUGGAGACCUACAGGAACCUCAAUGCUAUAGGCUUUAAUUGGGAAGACCAAAAUAUUGAGGAACACUGUCAAAGAUCUAGAAGACAGAGAAGGCAUGAAAGAAGUCAGAGUGCAGAGAUUCCCUCCGAAUAUACUCACUGUGGAAAACCCUUUGCUUUACAUGCUCACAGUCAUCCUCAAAGGAAUGAAGAGAUUCAUUCAGAAAAGAAGCCCUCUGAAGUUAUUCAGUGUGUUGAAGCCAUUGCUCCUUACACAAGUCUCCAAAUAUAUAAAAGAACACAAGCUAGACAGAAACCUUAUGAAUGUAGUCAAUGUGGUAAAGUUUUUGCAAAUCACAGUAAACUUAAAAAGCAUGAAAGACUUCAUACUGAAAAGAAACACUACAAAUGUCAUGAAUGUGAUAAAGCUUUUUCACAACCCAUUAGACUCCAGAAGCAUCAAAGAGUUCACACUGGAGAGAAACCCUAUAAAUGCAAUGAAUGUGAUAAACCCUUUUCACGACAUAGUAGACUCCAGAAGCAUCAAAGAGUUAAUACUGGAGAGAAACGCUACAAAUGUCAUGAAUGUGAUAAAGCCUUUUCACGAUGCAGUAGCCUCCAGAAGCAUAAAAGAGUUCACACUGGAGAGAAACGCUACAGAUGUCAUGAAUGUGAUAAAGCCUUUUCACAACCCAGUAUACUCUAUAGGCAUAAAAGAGUUCACACUGGAGAGAAACCCUACAAAUGUAGGGAAUGUGAUAAAGCGUUUUCACGACCCAGUGGACUCCAGAUGCAUAAUAGAGUUCAUACUGGAGAGAAACCCUACAAAUGCAAUGAAUGUGAUAAAGCCUUUUCACGACCCAGUAACCUCCAGACGCAUAAAAGAGUUCAUACUGGAGAGAAACCCUACAAAUGUAAUGAAUGUGAUAAAGCCUUUUCACGACACAGUAGCCUCCAGAAGCAUAAUGGAGUUCACACUGGAGAAAAACCCUACAAAUGUAAUGAAUGUGAUAAAGCCUUUUCAGAACCCAGUAGCCUCCAGAUGCAUAAAAGAGUUCACACUGGAGAGAAACCGUACAAAUGUAAUGAAUGUGAUAAAGCCUUUUCAGUACACAGUAACCUCCAGAUGCAUAAAAGUGUUCAUACUGGAAAGAAACCCUACAAAUGUAAUGAAUGUGAUAAAGCCUUUUCACGACCCAGUAGCCUCCAGAAGCAUAAAAGAGUUCACACUGGAGAGAAACCCUACAAAUGUAUUGAAUGUGAUAAAGCCUUUUCACAAUCCAGUAUACUCUACAGCCAUAAAAGAACUCAUACAGGAGAGAAACCCUACAAAUGUAAUGAAUGUGAUAAAGCCUUUGCAGACCACAGUAGCCUAUGGAAGCAUAAAAGAGUUCACACUGGAGAGAAACCCUACAAAUGUAAUGAAUGUGAUAAAGCCUUUUCACGACCCAGUAACCUCCAGACGCAUAAAAGAGUUCACACUGGAGAGAAACCCUACAAAUGUAAUGAAUGUGAUAAAGCCUUUUCAGACCACAGUAGCCUCCGGAUGCAUAAAAGAGUUCACACUGGAGAGAAACCGUACCAAUGUAGGGAAUGUGAUAAAGACUUUUCAGGACCCAGUAGCCUCCAAAAGCAUAAAAGAGUUCACACUGGAGAGAAACCCUACAAAUGUAUUGAAUGUGAUAAAGCCUUUUCACAACCCAGUAUACUCUACAGCCAUAAAAGAAUUCAUACUGGAGAGAAACCCUACAAAUGUAAUGAAUGUGAUAAAGCCUUUGCAAACCACAGUAGGCUACGGAAGCAUAAAAGAAUUCACACUGGAGAGAAACCCUACAAAUGUAAUGAAUGUGAUAAAGCCUUUUCAGAACACAGUAACCUCCAGACGCAUAAAAGAGUUCACACUGGAGAGAAACCCUACAAAUGUAAGGAAUGUGAUAAAGCCUUUUCAGACCACAGUAGCCUCAGGACGCAUAAAAGAGUUCACACUGGAGAGAAACCCUACCAAUGCAGGGAAUGUGAUAAAGACUUUUCAGGACCCAGUGGACUCCAGAUGCAUAAUAGAGUUCAUACUGGAGAGAAACCCUACAAAUGUAAUGAAUGUGAUAAAACCUUUUCACAACACAGUAGCCUCUGGAGGCAUAAUAGAAUUCAUAUCAGAGAGAAACCCAGAAAUGUAAUGAAUGUGAUAAAUCCUUUUCAGACCACAGCAGCCUACUGAGGCAUAAAAGAAUCCACACUGAAGACAAACCCUACAAAUGUAGUGACUGUGGUGAAGCCUUUUCACAACACAAUAGACUCCUGAUGCAUAGAAGGAUUCAUACUGGAGAGAAACCCUACAAAUGUAAGGAAUGUGAUAAAGCCUUUUCACAACACAGUAGACUCCAGAUGCAUAGAAGAAUUCAUACAGGAGCAAAACCCAUCAAAUGUAAUGAAUGUGUUAAACCCUUUUCACAACAAAGUAGUCUCUAGACACAGAGUUCAUACUGGAGAGAAACCCUACAAACGUAAGCAAUGUGAUAAAGCCUUUCACAACACUGUAAUCUCCAAAUACAUUAAAAAACACACACAGGAGAGAUACCCUCCAAAUGUAACCAAUGUGACAAAGCCUUUUCCCAACAUAAUAGUCUCCAAAUACAUAGAAAAAUACAUACUGGAGAGAAACCCUACAAGUUAACAAUGGUGAUAAAAGUUUUCCAAUCCACAUUCAUCUUUUUUUGUUUGUUUGUUUUCUUCUGUUAAGAAUUAAAGACAGAUUUUAUUUUAAACUCUGUGAUUUACCAAAUUAGCUUUUCCUACCAACUCUCAGAGCAGAGACUUACACAGGAUUCACAAUCUUUUGUUUAUUGACUGGGUUUAUGGGUGCCUUGGCAGCCAACAUUGCUGUCUUUGAUACCCGCUUAGCCUUUUUUUGUUUUCUUCUCAGGCCUUUUAGUCUGCUCUCAAUGAGCCUUCCUGACUCCGGGUUUCUGAUUCUUCUUAGCAUUAUAUCAGCAGGAGACACCCAGGGAUGACUCCCUGGAACAUGACUGUACUGAGGGUUCUUUUCUUUUGAAUUUCUUCAGCCUGUGUUUCGUGUUUGUGUGUGUGUGUGUGUGUGUGUGUGUGUGUGUGUGUGUGUGUGUGUGUGUUUCUGUAAAGGACAGUCUAGUUCAUCUGCCUAGGAUUCCUUUUGGAAAGGAAUGCAGACUCACUUUUGCCAGUAAGAAAAAUGGAAAACUUUCCAGUCUGUCUUGGCAUAAUGCUACCCAUGUCCCAGGUAGAUCUUGUACCCACUGAAACUGAACAGCUCAGCCUUCAUGGUGAGAGAUGCUCACCUGCCAGGGAGAGACAGCAAAGAGCACAGUCAUCUUAAAAGGCUUGGGUGAGUGUGUGAUGUCAUUAAGCAAGUGAAGACAGGUACAAGAUACAACGAGGCCUGUCAUUGGAUGAGAGGGAAGGAUGAAAGGCAGAAAAGUUUGAGGGAAGAGGAUCUUAUCAAUUGGAUCAGAGGUUAUUGUGUGUUGUUUCUUGUGGGGAAUUAAGUUUAAUAGAGUAUGUAUCAGCUGGGACUCUAAGCCACCAUGGAAUUGAGAGGUAUAUUUCUGGCAUUGUGAAAGCCUGCCUUGGGGACUGCAUUGGUAGACAGAUUGUUGCCAGGCUCAGAGAGAGGCCAUAGGCAGUGUUAUAGGGGCUAGAGCAAAGCAGGUGAGAGGCUUUGCUGAUUGAGAUUAAGAUAUCUACCAGAUAUCUUGGGACACUGUGGUGCCGACCAAGUGGGCGUAAAAGACAGCAUUCCAUUUUUUUAUAAUUUUACAGCAACACAUACACCUGGAGAGAAGCCAUUGGUAUUUUGUUCAGUAAAUUUUCCCCUUUUCCCAUGUAUUUGAGGCUCAUCCCCAAGUUUUCUUCUAUUAGUUUGAGUAUCUGGUUUUAUGUGGAGUUCCUUGAUCCACUUGAAUUUAAGCUUUGUCCCGGGUGAUAAGAAUGGGUCAAUUUGCAUUCUUCUACAUCUUAACCUCCAGGUGAACAAGCACCAUUUGUUGAAAUGUUAUCUUUUUUCCACCUGAUGCUUUUAGUUCCUUUGUCAAACAUCAGUUGACCACAUGAGUGUGGGUUCAUUUCUUGGCCUUCAAUGCGGUUCCACUGAUCUGCCUGUCUCUGUACCAAUACCAUACACUUUUUAUCCUCAUUGCUCUGUAUUACUGCUUGGGAAUGAUGAUUUCCACAGAAGUUCUUUUAUUGGUGAGUAUUUUGUAUGCUAUUCUGGUUUUUUUUUUUGUUAUUCCAAAUGAAUGUGCAAAUUCCUCUAAGUCAUUGAAUAAUUGAGUUGGAAAUUUGGUGGAGAUUUCAUUGAAUCUGUAGAUUUCUUUUGGCCAAAUGGCCAUUUUUGCAAUAUUAAUCUUGCCAAUCCCUGAGCAUGGGAGAUCUUUCCAUCUUCUGAGAUCUUCAAUUUUUCUUCAGAGCCUUAAAGUUCUUGUCAUGCAGACAUUUCACUUGCUUGGUUAAUGUCACAACAAUGUAUUUUAUAUGUUUGUGACUACUGUCAAGGGUGUCAUUUCCCAAGGACACAUGCUGCUCUAUGUUUAUCGAAGCCUUAUUUAAAAGAACUCAGAUGGCCUCGAACACAGGAACGGAUACAGAAAAUGUGGUAAGUUUACACAAUGGAGUACUACAUGGCCAUUAAAUACAAUGACUGCAUAAAAUUCUUAGGCAAAUCGUUGAACUAUAAAAUAUCAUAGUAACUGAGGUAACUCAGUCACAAACAAACACACAUGAUAUCCACAAACUGAUAAAUGGAUAUUAUCCCAAAAGCUCAGAUUACCCACAAUAAAAUUAACACAUCCUAUGAAACCCAUGAAGAAGGAAGACCAAAGUGUGGAUGCUUCAGUCCGUAGAAGGGGAAACAAAAUACCCACAGAAGGAAAUAAGGAGACAAAGUAUGGAGUAGAGACUGAAGGGAAGACAUCAAGAGAAUACUCCACCGGGUGUUCACCCCACAUACAGUCACCAAACAGAUACUAUUGCAGAUGCCAAGAAAUGCUUGCUGACUGGAGCCUGAUAAAGCUGUCUCGUGAAAGGCUCAGCUAGAGCCUGGCAAAUACAGAGGUGGAUUUUUAAAGCAAACCAUUGGGCUGAGUACGGGGUCCCCAAUGGAGGAGUUAGAAACAGGAUUGGAGGACCUAAAGAGGUUUCCAACCCCAUAGGAAGAAUCCCACAGAGCUGAUCCCACAGAGCUUCCAGGCACUAAACGCUCAACAAAAGAGCCACCCAUGACUCCAGUUACAUAUGUAGCAGAGGAUGGCCCUAUUGGAAAUCAGUGGGAGGAGAGACCCUUGGUCCUGUCAAGCUGCAAUGCUUCAGUGUAGUGGAAUGCCAGGAAGGCAAGCAAGAGUGGGUGGGUUUGUGAGAGCACCCUCAGAGAAGCAGGGGAGAGGCUAUGUGAUAGUGGGUUUCUGGAGUAGAAUCUGGGAAAGGGGAUAACGUUUGAAGUGUAAAUAAAGAAAAUAUCCUUUGACAGAAAAGGAGAAAAAGAAAUGGAGUCUUCUUUAGAAUGUCACAGCCUUCAGACACACAGCACUCAGGAUGAGGUAAAAUGCCUUUCACGUCAAAUUACUGCAGUCAACUACCUAAUCUGAAACAGGUGGUUAAUGUGAGGUCUUUCUCUUAUUUGGAAUAUAUAACAUGGCAAAGCACUUCUUUUUUUUCUGGAGCUUUUGAGUUGACAAGAAAAAUCUUUAUCUAGGCCAUAUCUUCUGGUAGAAGUUUACAUAUGUAAGGAUGAUGAAGAUGGGAACUCUUUCUUUUUCUUCCUGCCAUACUCUGGUAAGAGAGAUCACUAUUUUUCCAGCAUUAGAGGUUUCCUGUUAAGAAUUCUGGAAUAUGCUGAAGACCAGCUAAGACAUACAGACACGACUGUAUUCUUCAACUUGCCAUUGUUACACAGUCAUUGUUUUACUCGUGGACAAUAUUCAAAGAGACUUUUCUCUAUAUCCACUUCAUCCAUACAUAGAGAGAUCCAUGCUUUGGGUUCCGUCCAUCUGGAAAACCUCCUCUAAUGCAGAUAUGUGUUUUCACCUCCCACUGAGGAAGAUGUGCUGGCUACCAAUAGUGUUCCACUGUGAUUGGCAUCCACUUCCUGCUUUUCUCCCAGGGUUGUCUGGAUUCUCUUAUUGAAAGAACAAGAUAAACCCCAUUUCUGGAGAAUUAUUUUGAAAGUGAAGGAUAAACCCCUUUUAUCUCCACUGAAACAACCCUUGUAUCCAUUUUGGAACACCAGGCCUGUUUGAAAAAACAGCCAUAAAGCACCAGCUUCAGGAUAGACCACAAUUAACAGAGGAAGUCAUGAGACACCAGCUCUAGGAACAGGCAAUAAAAUCUAGAAAAAAAUUCAUAAGCACACACCCCCAGAGACCAGUCCAGGGAUAACUAUAAAUAUGGGAAAUAACUUUUCUCUGAAUGUGCCAUCUGCACUGGGCAGCCCUAUUUCAUUACAUGGUUAAAAGUUCUUGACAUAGGGAUGCAGAACACUGACAACCUGUGACCUCAUAGCAUCCACCAAAGAAAUAUUUUAUUAUGCUAGAGAUUUUACCUGGUUCCCUAUAAAAUGAUUUUGUGGUUUUCCUGGGGUUGGUAUUUCAAAGAAUGGUUGACCUCUGUAUGAAGACCAUCUCUGCACAAUAAGCCCUCUUUGUUUUUGCAUACUAUGUAAGUCUGGGCUCUUCAGCGAUAUUCAGACCCUUACAUUAUAUAGCAGAUGAAUAUUAGCUACAGUGUGAAGUUACAGAAACAAACAUAUUUUGUGUUCAAAAAGCUCUUUUAAAUUGGGAAGACCCAAUCUUUCAAGGGUCAUAUAGUGAAUCAUGGACUUUAGAAGCUAUCCAUCUUGAUUCAAGGAGGUAUAGUUUGAGUGGAGGAGGAGGGGGAGGAAAAAGGGGUGGUAGAAAAGAAAAGGAAGAGGAAGAGUGAAAAGAAGAACAAGAAGAGGAACAAGACAAGAAGAAGAACAAGAUGAGGAAGGAGGAGGAAGAGGCAGAGCAGAAGAAACUGAACAGGAAGAGGAGGAGGAACAGCAUGAGAAGGAAAAGCAGGAGCAGUAUAUAUGGAAGAGGAUGGUGAGGACAAGAAUAAGGAGUGGGAGGAGGAGGGGGAAGAAAUUCCUGCUGGAAGAUAGAAAGGUAGGAUAACGGAGGACAGGCAUAUUUGAUACUGAAACACAAAUUUGCAGAUCAUAAAAGGGUCAACUCCUGGAUUAGAAUGGUGGCCCAGGAAACCUUAAGCUGAUGUGUCCCUUCAGCACAAUCUAGCCCUAAGAGAGGUGCUUAUGUCACUCAGGAUUCGCUGGCCAAUCAGGGCCUCCAGGAAGACCCUCCAAGCAGAAGAAGAGGGUUCUUCUUGGUGCUUUGUUCCCUGCUGCUGGUUCAGCUCUAUUGCUGAGCAGGCAUUUAAGGUUGGUGUAAUGUGUUUUGACAUCUCCAGUGAGUGCUUUCCGGAGUGCCAGCCCUGAGCUACUAAGUCUCAUCAUGGUGAGCAUGUGACCACUGCCCCUAACCUGAAUUAUCAGAGGACUGAGGAUGGGGAGGUGGCCCUCCGUGGGCUGGGUGGAAAUUAGCAGCCAUUUUGGAGGUUCCUUAUGGUCCUAGCCACUAGGUGUUUUCAUGCGUUUCAAAUGAAUAACUUCAGUAUGGGAGCUGCAUCUGCACAAAGCAUUUGGUACAAGGGAUUUCGCAUAGACCCGUCUUUGACAAGAUUCCAAAUUCGGAGAUCUAGUUCUUUAGUAUCCUGUAGACAUUAUUCCUUGCCAUUUAAGAUCUAUGUGGAGUUAAUUUUGUGUGUGUGGAUAGAGGGGGUGUUGAAAACCACAUCUCACAGGUUGGUUAGCACACGAAAUUUAAUCUGCGGUGGGAAGAGUAGAAUCUUUGAUGUAAAGGAUUUUGCACUGCUUAGGAAAUAGUAAGAGGCACUGUGGAUUGCUCUAAUGCUGUUUGUAUUUUGAUGCUAAUUCCACUUCACCAAGAGGGGCUGCCUAGAAUGAGGACUAUUUCACAUACUCAAGUGACUUUAUUGGAAUCUUCUCCACAUUUUAACUUGUAAAAUAAAGGCUAGUGCAGGUGAUUGGAAAGGUAGAGCUGAAAAGCUUUUGGGAGAAGGAGAGAAGUGAGGGAAGGUGAGAAUUCAGGAAGGAAAAUGGAGCUGAAGCGCCUGGCCUAGAGAAACCUCCAUUUUAAGGGAUCUCAGCUGGGGACUAUAGUAAUGUAAUGGUAGAUCUGCCCAAUCGAGACAUGUAACUUGUAUUCAUAUGUUAUGUUUCCUUUGCAUGGGCUUAUUUGGUUUGCACUAUUCACAGUGCACAAGUUGAAUUUAGCUGAGGAAAUUUGAUUGCCUCUAAAACAGACACAGGUAAGUAGCAUGGUACCCCAGCUUGUUAGAGAUUAGGGUGGUAGGAUACACAUAGUUGUUCACCAGAAUUGUGGGGAAAUAAGACUCCAGGUCACAACAAAAGAGACAGUAGUUAUUAACAAACAGCCACUAGGCUCAUCUCCAGAUAUAGGUCCCUGUUUGAAAAAUACUAAGGCCUCACAGUAUUCAGACAAUUGUUUGAAACCUCCUGAAAGAGGAUUAAAGGAAAUGUGUGAUCCUCCUGUAAAUACAGGCAAUCGAGAUCACUUAUUUGUAGGACCAGCAGAGCUCUUCCUAUAGUAUGUAUCCUAUUAACUACCCUGCCUUAAGCUCCUGACAGGCACACUUCCAGUCCUUGCUCUGGUUCCCAUAUAUGUGGGACCAAAGUCACACAAUACAACACACACACACAUACAUACACACACACACACACACACACACACACACACACACACACAUUAAUAUGUUUACCCUGACUUAUGUCUCACUCACUGUGCUUUUCCAAGCCUCCCACAGCUAGUGUGUCUUUCCCAUUACUCUUUGCCUUCCCUCUGUUCCUAGGAGAGCUCUAAAAAGUUUUUCUCUUUUGAGUCUGUAGCUUCACAGGAAUGCCAUCUGCGUGAAGCUGCUGUGGACUGGGGAACUCUGCCCUGGUUAUGUAGAUCUCAGACAUGGUUCCAUUGCCUGCUGGUUGUUCCAGGGAAGAAUGGCUGAUCCUGAACUGUCCUGGAAAAGAUCUCGUUUUCGCUACUAUUGUAGCAGCCAUUACUGCUGCAGCCAUUGUGUCUACAGUGGCUGGAGUUACCCUCCCCCCAUUCUUUUGUUAGGCAAGCAUAGUGGGUGAACUUUCUGGAGUAGUUGCUAACAAUUGGGAAUUCUAAAUUUUAUUACAAGAGCAGGUUGACUGUGGCCCUUGAUGCUAUGGCCCUCCGAGUUUGACCCUAAGGCCCUUGUGCUUCUUUUCACAUGCUGAGGAGAACCAGUAAGGCAAUGUACUUGAUUAGGUGGCCACUACAUAUCGGGAGAGGCUCAACUUCCACAAUCUCCUAAAUUAUUAUCAACUGGCUCCUACUUUUUCGCCCCUGGGCUCAAGUAAGAGGAAUGAGAAGAUGACCCGAUGUAGUUUCCUCAGCGACGGGCAACUUCCUCUGACCCUUGACCAAUCUAGACACGAACCCUUGAGGGCAACAAGGUGAUCCUAUGUCAGAUAGGCUGGGGUUCGAGAGGUCGAUCCUCAGACAGAGGUGACUACGCCCCUUUUAAACGUAUGGGCCGGUCAAAUGCUCCUCUGCCCAGUUUCUCCCUCCUUAAACACACACGUAUAUCCCAGAACGGUGUGUUACAACAUAAUUUCAUUCCUAACCAUUGAUGUACAGUCCUAACUGCAAGAGUGGCUCACCAUGGCCGAGCUGGGCACUCUGUGAGGCAUGUCUGAUCUCUCUCAGACCACUACUUCCACCUAAUGGUCUUUUAUAAAAGAAAUAUGGAGGAGUUGUGGGAGCCGAAUUGGAUUUGGGCCUAGUUGCCUUGUCACUGUUUGGCUUUAGUCUUUGAUUGUAGGAUCAAAUGCCUCUCCCUGUAAUUUUCGGCACAAGAAGUUUGCAUUCACGGAAUGUUUCCAGCCGGAACAAGACCCUUCCGGGUCUCCAGCAAGGUUUGACCCCUGCUGAGCCCUGCCCUUGCAUGUGGAAGCUUUUUGUCCCCAACUGGGAACAGUCUGGCCAGGUACUUCUCACCUGACUCAAAGAAUUAGGUUGGCCUUCCUGGUUAUUUUCCUAAUUUAUUCAGGUCACAUAGCCGGUCCUUUGUUACCAAAGUCUCAGCCAGGGUUCCCCACUGUGCUUGGCAGAUACCUGCUAAGUGGUGUUCUGUGGAUAUAUAGUUUGGUCAAUAAAGAAACCAGAGGCUCUCUUCCUCUUCUGGCUUGACACGAA